AUGUUCUACAACACCGAGAUCCUCACGUCGCGCAAGGGCGGCUUCGCGAUCUUCUGGCUCGCCGCGACGGUCGGGUCGCGAGGAGGGACGGCGGUUCGCAAGCUCAGCAAGAAGGAGCUCCUCAGCUGCAACGUCGUCAAGGCGUGCUUCGUCUCGCCUCUCCUCCUCGUCCUCGACGACAGCGAGAAGGUGGCAGCGCCGGAUGAACCGCUCGCGUUGCGUCUCUCGUCAAAUCUGAUGGUUGGUAUUGCGAGGGUCUACCAGCAGCAGUACACCAUCUACGCUUCGGAUGUCACGCACAUGCACGCCACGCUCAAGAAGGUCAUAACCGACUCUGCAUUCAACCUGCCCGACGUCACCGUCCAGCCCGAGGUUGCGCCGCCUCCGACGCCUCGCGAAGGCCUUGAGCAGGCGAAGGGAAAGGAGGCGGCGGGAGGAGGCGGUCUCAACCUCGCUUUCAACCAGGGUAUCGCACUCACUGGCUUCGACCCGGACUGGGAUCUCGGAAUUCUCUGGCGUCUGCCGGGCGAGGAGGGUGCGGACGAGAUGGAGGGUAUCGAAGAGGGGAUGUUCACAAGUCCAGCGCCAUCCAUCGCAGGAGCUCCUGCCGCUGAACACAAGCCCAAGGGCGCACACCAAGCGCGCAAAGCCGACAUCACGCUCGCAGAGCCGCACCUGCAGGACUACCUUCUUCGCGGCUUCGAAGGCGCCGACGAGUUUGGGCAGGCAGGCGUCGAGGGCGAGGGCGCGUUGAGCGCGAUCUUUGGCGAGGAGGACCAGGGCUUGCUGUACGGCAUUUCGCCAGAACUCGACGCUGCGAUUCGGGCGGGCUCGGCUGGGCGCGGCAGCGCAGCUGGCUCGGCGAGGGGACCAGCCGGCUUUGGAGCAUCGUCGAGCGCGGUUGGCUACGGAGCAGACCUCGGCGGGUUCGACGAUCACUUCGCUGGUCAGGAGUUCGGCGGUGGAGGAGAGGAGUUUUUCCCUCCUGCGCAGCUUCCUGGCGAAGGCGAGGAGACGUUCGCGGAAAGGGUGAGGAAGGAGCACGAGGAAGCGCAGGCGAGGCUCGAGCAGGCUGGACGAAGGCGUUCGGCAACUCCCCUCGGCGGCGAAGUCAACUUGUCUGGCGAGUUCGUCAGCGUCGGCGAUGGCACCCCCUCGACGACCACCCGCAAACGCGUUUCCGACGCCCUUGAGCAGGCUCAGACGAAGGCUGCGGACACGAAGAAGGCCGCGAAGAAGGCGAAGCGAGCCAAGCUCAUCCCGAUCGACCGCAGCACCGAGCUCACCGACGACCAGUUCCGCUCGAUGCGCGCGACGUAUGCGGAGAGGAUGGAAGCUGAGCGCAAGAAGGCGGACAAGGCGAGGGAGGAGCGCGAAGCUCACCAGAAGGCGAUGGACGCAAUCUUCGGCGUUCCCGCUGCAUUCCAGAUUCCCGGUCUCGCCGAGUUCUGGAAGGAGACGGUCGUCGGGCAGAUGGCGCCGUUCGAGGGCGGCAAAGCAGCGGACGAGAAGAAACGUCGUGCUGCUGGGCUCUCGCCGGCGCAGCGCAAGGCAAGGAAGACUGAGGAUGCGCCUGAGAUCGAGCAGUCGCGCGAGGUGAAGAAACGUCUGAGCGAGCAGCCUGGCUUUGGGGCCGACUUUGGCGGCUUCGAUGUCGGCGCCCAGGACUUCUUCGCAGUCCAAGAGUUCGGCGGCGGCGAGGAGUAUGCUCGCGACGGCGACAUGGGCGGCUUCGAGCACGGCAUCUUCGACCAGGACGUCGAAAUCGGUCGUGCUGCCAGCGGCGCCGGCUUGACUGGCAGCGGCCGUCCCUCCAUGCUUCCCUGGGCAGCCGAGUUGCCGACGAGCGAUGCUGGCGGCUUCGGUCUCGAAAUUGGCGGUCCUUCGAGCGCGGCGGGCGGAACAAGGGUGUCUAUGGAAACGCCGCUUCCUCGCGGCCGUACGCCGUCUCUUCACGCAUCGCCGCUCCCGGGAGGCUCGGUCGAAGCGCUGCUCGAGGAGGGUGGAGAGCUCGUCGGCUUCGAAGGCGGCUCGCCGGUGGCGCGCUCGGGCGAGGCGGACGGCGAGGAGGUUCUCCCCGAGACCGACUCGUACCGCUUCCUCAACUACGCCCGCCGCCAAGCCGACGGUCUCGCGGCUGGCGAGCAGCUUUUCUUCAGCGACAUCGUCCCCGCGGCCGUCACGACGCCGACUAUCGCUGCCGCAGCCUUCUACCACCUCCUCACCCUCGCCAUGAAGGGAGAGGUCCGCGUCGAACAGGAGGACCCGUACGGCGAGAUUGCUGUCGAAGUCUGA